GUGAAACAGACCUUGCAGAAUAGUUCGUAGGUAACGUGUGUAGCGUUCGUGUGGAGUUGUGAUCUCAUUUAACCUAAAUUAACCAGCACGUAACACGUGCGAAGAAUAGUACAAUUCGUUGUGACGUUUUUCUACAAAUUUUUGCAUUGCGUCCACCAAUGUAAUUUAUUCGAAACUAUACAGUAUUCAUACAGUAGUCUUAUAUAGAAGUUUCUAGUACUUACGAAUACUCGACAAUGAUGAAGAAUCAACAUACUGCGAAUACGUCAACAAAAAUACAGGAUCUGAGAAGCACGCAGUUCUUGAAUCGCAUCAAAAAGUCAUUAUACUAUCCCACAAAUCCAGUGAAUAACUACUUGUCUUUACCAGUUAUAGAAUCAACAGCUGAAUUCAUCACAAAAGAAAGUGGUCAACAAUUAGAAAAACUUGAUGUGGAGGUAGCAAGUAGGAUAUCUAAUGCCAUAUGUGCUUCCCCUUGUGCACUUGUGCUGGCUCUGCUGUAUAUCGAAAGACUGAAAAACUGUAAUCCCCAAUACCUUCAGCAAGUAGCACCAUCCGAACUGUUCUUGAUAUCUUUGAUGGUGGCCAGUAAGUACCUACACGACGAUGGUUCGGAAGACGAAGUUGUAGACGCAGCAUGGGCAAUUUCAGGAAGACUAACUUUAUCUAGAACAAUUAAAUUAGAGAUGGAGUUUCUUAAGGCAGUCAAUUGGAUGGUAUCUGUGCGACAAGAAACGUUUUGGGAAAGGCUGCGACAAUUAGAGAAGGAGGUGGCUUAUCGGGAGGUACAGAAACGAAACUGGUGCUCAUAUACCGAACUGAACUGUCUCAUGAGUUACAGCCAACUGAUCACAGUUGCGAGGUCCGUUAUGCUAGUCUGCUGUAUCUCUCUGACGGCCUAUGUAAUCUGCUUUCUGAUUAUGUUUGGAAGCACUUUCGUCCUUCAGGCGAUCACUUUAUGCUGCAUUUGGUUUGUCCGAACGUGGCAGAUCGUGAACCUGAACGAAACUAACAUUACGUUGUGCAGCAACAUUCCGCCGAGUCCGCUUAUUGAUGCGCGAUCUUGUGUGUUCAAUGACGAGCAUGUAAUGCCCGCUUGUUCGUUGUUCGGCGACUACAAAAAUGAAGACCGUAUCGGCGUGGAAAUCCAAAAUGCGGACGAAUAUGUCAUUGGGCACGCUGACAACACCAGCAACAACAGCGAUGUCAACUGGCAAUGGUGGUUGAACUCGACGAUGACUUGGCUCGCAGAGUACUCCUCGAAGAAUUUCACUAGUCAGGUCACCAAAUUUAACGACACCGGGUCGAUUUUCAGUGGCGCAAAGUUUCCGUUCAAUUCAACGCAAAACGAAAGGAUAAGGAAUACGGAGGACUUCGUGUUGCACUGGCAGAAAAGGCUAUACUGGAUUUUGAAUCGGCUGAAGACACACUGGAUCGAAUUAAACUAUUCACAUCAUAAAAUUCUCCAGUCGAUUCAUAGUAUUGAUUUUCUAGUUCAAAGUCGACGGUUCGACCGUUAGAUAAAGCCUUUCGCGGAAAAAAACUUAGAUUUGCAUAUGUAUACGCGCGUGAAAAAUGCAUAAUAUAUAUAUUUUUAUAUCGACUUUUUAUGUAACGUUCGAUACCAACAGACGCGUUUCUCCAUUAUUCAUCUU